UUGAACAUCCUUUUACAUUAUUUUUUAGUAUAAAAACAUUUCUUUGGGAUGGAUUCCUGGAAAUGGAAUUGCUGGACCAGAGUUAUGCACAUGUUAAAUUUGAGGAAUACUCCCAAGUUUUACUUUCAUCAAAAGUGUAUAAGAAUGCUGUUGGAAAUGGUGGAGUCUUUCAUUUUGGAUCAGGAUGACUUGGAAAAUCCAAUGCUGGAAACAGCUUCCAAAUUGCUCUUGUCAGGUACUGCUGAUGGUGCAGACCUCAGGACAGUAGAUCCAGAAACACAAGCUAGACUGGAAGCUUUACUAGAAGCUGCAGGAAUAGGCAAAUUAUCUACGGCUGAUGGUAAAGCCUUUGCAGAUCCUGAAGUGCUUCGGAGGUUGACAUCAUCUGUUAGUUGUGCGUUGGAUGAAGCUGCUGCUGCACUUACCCGUAUGAGAGCUGAAAGCACAGCAAAUGCAGGGCAGUCGGACAACCGCAGUUUGGCAGAAGCCUGUUCAGAAGGAGAUGUAAAUGCUGUGCGAAAGUUACUCAUUGAAGGGCGAAGUGUAAAUGAACACACCGAGGAAGGGGAGAGCCUCCUUUGUUUGGCUUGUUCUGCUGGAUACUAUGAGCUUGCUCAGGUUUUGUUGGCAAUGCAUGCAAAUGUGGAAGAUAGGGGAAUCAAAGGUGACAUUACGCCUUUAAUGGCUGCUGCUAAUGGAGGACAUGUCAAAAUUGUGAAGUUGUUGCUAGCUCAUAAAGCCGACGUCAAUGCACAGUCUUCAACAGGCAAUACAGCACUUACAUAUGCUUGUGCUGGAGGCUAUGUAGAUGUUGUAAAGGUGCUCUUGGAAUCCGGUGCUAGUAUUGAGGACCAUAAUGAAAAUGGUCACACUCCUCUUAUGGAAGCUGGAAGUGCUGGACAUGUGGAAGUAGCCAGAUUGCUGCUAGAAAAUGGGGCUGGCAUUAAUACGCAUUCCAAUGAAUUUAAAGAGAGUGCCCUUACAUUAGCUUGUUAUAAAGGACACCUAGAGAUGGUGCGAUUUCUUUUGGAAGCAGGCGCAGAUCAAGAGCAUAAAACAGAUGAAAUGCACACUGCUCUAAUGGAGGCUUGCAUGGAUGGCCAUGUUGAAGUAGCUAGGUUACUUCUUGACAGUGGUGCCCAAGUGAACAUGCCUGCUGAUUCAUUUGAGUCACCAUUGACAUUGGCUGCAUGUGGUGGGCAUGUGGAACUUGCGGCCUUACUUAUUGAAAGAGGAGCUAGCCUGGAAGAGGUCAAUGAUGAAGGUUAUACACCAUUGAUGGAAGCAGCUCGUGAAGGACAUGAAGAAAUGGUGGCAUUACUUCUAGGCCAAGGAGCAAAUAUCAAUGCACAGACAGAAGAAACUCAAGAAACUGCUUUGACUCUGGCUUGCUGUGGAGGCUUUCUGGAAGUGGCAGACUUUCUAAUUAAGGCAGGAGCUGAUAUAGAACUAGGGUGUUCUACCCCCUUAAUGGAAGCUGCUCAAGAGGGUCAUUUGGAGUUAGUUAAAUACUUAUUAGCAGCAGGAGCUAAUGUGCAUGCAACAACAGCAACAGGAGAUACAGCACUAACAUAUGCCUGUGAAAAUGGUCAUACUGAUGUAGCAGAUGUGUUGCUUCAGGCAGGAGCAGAUCUGGAGCAUGAAUCUGAAGGUGGAAGAACUCCUUUAAUGAAAGCUGCAAGAGCCGGUCAUGUUUGUACUGUUCAGUUCUUAAUUAGUAAAGGAGCGAAUGUGAAUAGAACUACAGCUAAUAAUGACCAUACUGUAUUGUCCCUGGCUUGCGCAGGGGGUCAUCUGGCCGUGGUGGAACUACUUUUGGCUCAUGGGGCAGAUCCUACUCAUCGUUUAAAAGAUGGCUCGACUAUGUUGAUAGAAGCAGCAAAAGGUGGCCAUACAAGUGUUGUUUGCUAUCUUUUGGACUAUCCUAAUAACUUGCUUUCAGCCCCUCCACCAGAUGUCACUCAGUUAACCCCCCCAUCCCACGAUUUAAAUAGGGCUCCUCGUGUACCAGUUCAAGCACUGCCCAUGGUUGUCCCCCCUCAGGAGCCUGAUAAACCACCUGCCAAUGUUGCCACUACACUUCCCAUCAGGAAUAAAGCUGCUUCUAAACAAAAGUCCAGCAGCCAUUUGCCAGCAAACAGCCAGGAUGUACAGGGUUACAUCACCAAUCAGUCUCCAGAGAGCAUUGUAGAAGAGGCUCAGGGAAAGUUAACAGAACUGGAACAGAGGAUAAAAGAAGCCAUAGAAAAGAAUGCACAGCUGCAGUCCUUGGAACUGGCUCAUGCUGAUCAACUUACCAAGGAGAAGAUUGAGGAGCUGAACAAAACAAGGGAGGAACAAAUUCAGAAGAAACAAAAGAUUUUGGAGGAACUACAGAAAGUAGAACGAGAGUUACAACUGAAAACUCAGCAGCAGCUAAAAAAGCAGUAUCUAGAGGUUAAAGCUCAAAGAAUUCAACUUCAGCAGCAGCAGCAACAAUCUUGCCAACAUCUGGGACUACUAGCUCCUCUUGGAGAACAGCUUUCUGAAGGAGACUAUGCACGAUUACAGCAAGUGGAUCCCGUUUUGCUUCAAGAUGAUCCCCAGCAGACUGCUGCUCAGAUGGGUUUUGCACCAAUCCAGCCUCUGGCCAUGCCUCAAGCUUUGCCUCUGGCGGCAGGUCCAUUGCCUCCAGGGUCCAUCGCUAAUCUUACAGAACUGCAAGGAGUAAUAGUUGGACAGCCAGUACUGGGCCAAGCACAGUUGGCAGGGCUGGGGCAAGGAAUUCUGACAGAAACACAGCAAGGGUUAAUGGUAGCCAGCCCUGCUCAGACCCUCAAUGACACGCUGGAUGACAUCAUGGCAGCAGUCAGUGGAAGAGCAUCUGCAAUGUCAAACACUCCUACCCACAGUAUCGCUGCUUCCAUUUCCCAACCUCAGACUCCAACUCCAAGUCCCAUCAUCUCUCCUUCAGCCAUGCUUCCUAUCUACCCUGCCAUUGAUAUUGAUGCACAGACUGAAAGUAAUCAUGACACAGCACUAACACUUGCCUGUGCUGGUGGUCAUGAGGAACUGGUACAAACAUUGCUAGAGAGAGGAGCUAGUAUUGAGCACCGAGACAAGAAAGGUUUUACUCCACUCAUCUUGGCUGCUACAGCUGGUCAUGUUGGUGUUGUGGAAAUAUUGCUGGACAAUGGUGCAGACAUUGAAGCUCAGUCAGAAAGAACCAAGGACACACCACUAUCUUUGGCUUGUUCUGGGGGAAGACAGGAGGUGGUGGAGCUAUUGUUAGCUCGAGGAGCAAAUAAAGAACACAGGAAUGUUUCUGAUUACACACCUCUAAGCCUGGCUGCUUCUGGUGGCUAUGUGAACAUUAUCAAAAUAUUACUAAAUGCAGGAGCCGAAAUUAAUUCUAGAACUGGUAGCAAAUUGGGCAUUUCUCCUUUGAUGUUAGCAGCUAUGAAUGGGCACACAGCUGCAGUUAAACUCCUAUUAGACAUGGGCUCUGACAUAAAUGCUCAGAUAGAAACCAAUCGGAACACUGCCCUUACCUUAGCCUGCUUCCAAGGAAGAACUGAAGUGGUUAGUCUUCUGCUUGAUAGAAAAGCAAAUGUGGAACACAGAGCUAAGACUGGACUCACACCACUAAUGGAAGCUGCCUCUGGUGGAUAUGCAGAGGUGGGCCGAGUUCUUUUGGAUAAAGGUGCUGAUGUUAAUGCCCCUCCAGUGCCCUCUUCGAGAGAUACAGCUUUAACCAUAGCAGCAGAUAAAGGGCAUUAUAAAUUCUGUGAGCUUCUCAUUGGCAGGGGAGCUCACAUUGAUGUGCGUAACAAGAAGGGGAACACUCCAUUGUGGCUAGCAGCAAAUGGUGGACACCUCGAUGUGGUUCAGUUAUUGGUGCAAGCAAGUGCAGAUGUGGAUGCAGCAGAUAACCGCAAGAUAACUCCUCUAAUGGCAGCAUUUAGAAAGGGUCAUGUGAAGGUGGUGCGCUACUUAGUCAAAGAAGUCAAUCAGUUUCCAUCAGAUUCUGAAUGCAUGAGAUACAUAGCAACCAUCACUGAUAAGGAGAUGCUGAAGAAGUGUCAUCUUUGUAUGGAAUCAAUAGUACAAGCCAAAGAUAGACAGGCUGCUGAAGCAAACAAAAAUGCCAGUAUUUUAUUAGAAGAGUUAGACUUGGAAAAGUUAAGAGAAGAAAGCCGGAGGCUGGCUUUGGCUGCCAAAAGAGAAAAGCGAAAGGAGAAGAGAAGAAAGAAAAAGGAAGAACAAAGAAGAAAACUAGAAGAAAUUGAAGCAAAAAAUAAAGAGAACUUUGAACUCCAAGCUGCUCAAGAAAAAGAAAAGCAUAAAGUUGAAGAUGAGCCUGAAGUCUUGACAGAGCCUCCAAGUGCCACAACCACUACUACUAUAGGUAUAUCUGCAACCUGGACAACUUUGGCAGGUUCCCAUGGUAAAAGAAAUAAUACCAUAACUACAACCAGUUCAAAGAGGAAAAACAGGAAAAAUAAAAUGACUCCAGAAAACGUUCAAAUUAUAUUUGAUGAUCCACUACCAAUCUCAUACAGUCAGCCAGAGAAGGUGAACGGAGGAGAGUCAAAAAGUAGCAGUACCAGCGAGAGUGGGGACAGUGAUAACAUGAGGAUUUCCAGCUGCAGUGAUGAAAGUAGUAACAGCAAUAGCAGCCGAAAGAGUGACAAUCAUUCACCUGCUGUGGUUACUACCACUGUGACCAACAAGAAACAGCCAUCAGUUCUGGUUACAUUUCCAAAGGAGGAGAGAAAAUCUGUUUCUGGCAAGGCUUCAAUAAAAUUGUCAGAGACUGUCACUGAAGUGACCAGUAAUUCCCUGUCCACUUGCACAAAAUCGGGUCCAUCUCCCCUUUCUUCUCCAAAUGGGAAGUUAACUGUAGCAAGUCCUAAGUGAGGACAAAAGAGGGAAGAAGGAUGGAAAGAAGUUGUAAGAAGGUCGAAGAAAGUAUCUGUUCCAUCAACUGUGAUAUCCAGAGUGAUUGGAAGAGGAGGCUGUAAUAUUAAUGCUAUUCGGGAGUUCACGGGUGCACACAUAGAUAUUGAUAAGCAGAAAGACAAGACAGGAGACCGGAUAAUAACUAUAAGGGGUGGCACUGAAUCAACAAGACAAGCAACUCAGUUGAUCAAUGCUCUGAUCAAGGAUCCAGACAAAGAAAUUGAUGAACUUAUUCCAAAGAAUCGUUUGAAAAGCUCAGUAAUCCAAAAUAGAGGGUCCUCAGCACCUACCACCACUGCUGCUAACAGUUCCUUAAUGGGAAUUAAAAUGACGACUGUAGCUCUGUCAUCAACAUCUCAAACUGCCACAGCACUCACUGUGCCUGCAAUUUCUUCUGCAUCUACUCACAAAACCAUUAAGAACCCAGUGAAUAAUGUGAGGCCUGGUUUUCCAGUUUCUCUUCCAUUAGCAUAUCCUCCUCCACAGUUUGCACAUACAGCAAGCAACAACAGCACUGCACCCACAAAUUCCACAUAUCCCAUGCCUACUGCCAAAGAACACUACCCAGUAUCAUCCCCAUCUUCCCCAUCACCACCAGCUCAGCCAGGAGGGGUUUCUAGAAAUAGCCCUUUGGAUUGUGGAACAGCAUCUCCAAAUAAAGGGGCAUCUUCCUCUGAACAGGAAGCAGGUAGUCCUCCAGUAGUAGAAACAGUAAAUAAUAGACCUUCAAACAGCAGCAGUUCUGGGAGUUCAUCAGUUCAUUCUGUUCAGCAGCAACCUCCAGGAUCUGUUUCUCAGGAGCCAAGACCACCUCUUCAGCAGUCUCAGGUUCCUCCUCCGGAGGUUAGAAUGACUGUUCCUCCUUUAGCAACAAGUUCUUCUCUGGUGGCAGUGCCUUCUACUGCCCCAGUGACUUACCCAUGCCUCAGGACGCAAAUGGGAUGCUCCCAGCCUGCUCCUAAAAUGGAAACCCCUGCUAUUAGACCACCCUCUCAUGGCACAACUGCCCCUCAUAAGAAUCCAGCUCCAGUUCAUAAUUCAUCUGUUGCAGCCCUCAGUGUCAAUCACAUUAAAAGACCUCACAGUGUUCCCUCUUCUGUUCAGCUACCUUCGACCUUAAGUACACAAAGUGCUUGUCAAAAUUCAGUACAUCCAGCAAAUAAGCCUAUUGCUCCCAAUUUCAGUGCACCCUUACCAUUUGGGCCCUUUAGCACAUUGUUUGAAAACAGUCCUACUUCUCAUGCCUUCUGGGGAGGAUCAGUUGUUUCAUCUCAGUCAACACCAGAAUCUAUGCUAUCAGGAAAAUCCUCAUAUUUGCCAAAUUCAGAUCCUUUACAUCAGUCUGAUACUUCCAAAGCUCCAGGUUUUAGACCACCAUUACAGAGACCUGCUCCAAGUCCCUCAGGUAUUGUCAAUAUGGACUCGCCAUAUGGUUCUGUAACACCUUCUUCUACACAUUUGGGAAACUUUGCCUCAAACCUUUCAGGAGGUCAGAUGUAUGGACCUGGGGCACCCCUUGGAGGAGCACCCGCAGCUGCUAACUUUAAUAGACAACAUUUUUCCCCACUUAGUUUGUUGACCCCAGGUUCAUCAGCAUCAAAUGAUUCUCCUGCACAGUCAGUAUCCUCCGGAGUUCGUGCACCUUCUCCUGCCCCAUCAUCAGUACCUUUAGGGUCAGAAAAGCCCAGCAACGUCUCUCAGGACAGAAAAGUUCCAGUCCCUAUUGGGACUGAACGUUCUGCACGUAUCAGGCAAACUGGAACUUCAGCUCCAUCUGUUAUUGGGAGUAAUUUGUCCACAUCAGUAGGGCAUAGUGGCAUCUGGUCUUUUGAAGGGAUUGGUGGCAAUCAAGACAAAGUUGACUGGUGUAACCCUGGGAUGGGAAAUCCUAUGAUUCAUAGGCCUAUGUCUGAUCCAGGAGUGUUUUCACAGCAUCAAGCAAUGGAGCGAGAGAGUACAGGAAUUGUAACUCCUUCUGGUACAUUCCAUCAGCAUGUUCCUGCAGGAUACAUGGACUUUCCUAAAGUUGGGGGUAUGCCUUUUUCUGUGUAUGGGAAUGCAAUGAUUCCUUCAGUAGCACCUAUUCCUGAUGGUGCUGCAGGACCCAUAUUUAAUGGCCCUCAUGCUGCAGACCCCUCUUGGAACUCCCUAAUAAAGAUGGUUUCAAGCUCCACAGAAAAUAAUGGCCCUCAAACGGUGUGGACUGGACCCUGGGCACCUCACAUGAACAGUGUGCAUAUGAACCAGCUUGGCUGAUGAAGAUCAGCUUGUUAGCCUGCAGAUUCCUUUUCAUACAGAGGAAAUCACAAGUGGCCGGAAAACUAUUUUUAUGCUCCCAAAUCAUUCUACUGAUGUGCUUGACUGAAGUGUGUAGGCUUUUUGCAGAAGAACUUACUAACUGACCUAUUUUCUGUGAACAUUUGUGACUGCCCAUUCCCCAUCAUCAUCUGUUUUACCUUAGUUAGUAUUUUUCUUACCAUUUUUCUUUUUUGCUCUCCCUCUUCCCCUUUGGACAUAACUUUCUGUUGAAGCUGUUCUUUGGCUGGUUGGUAUUAGUACUGUAAACUGCUUCUGAGCAAACACGGAAAUUUAGCAAAAUUAUGUAAACUUGAUCCUGAAGUUUUAGAAUGGCAAAUAAAUGUACAAUUGUUUACAUAACAGAGAAGGCUAAGCAGAAAGUAAAUUUCAAUAUGUCAGUAUAGAGGCUCUACUUUAUGUAGACUUAAAUUAAUGUGAGAUAUGUACCUUCAUAUUCAGAAAUCUGGAUGUUUCCUUCAUACAUUAAACUAUUAAUAAGCAUAACUUUUCUGCUUGUGUAAUUUAAGUAUAAAGUAAAACAAUGGGCAUUAUCAAUGGAUGUUUCCCAACAUUGGCUUUUUAAAUAUCCAUAUUGCUCUUUUGAAUUUGUUUGCAACAAACCACCUAUAGAAGAAAUUUAUCACUUUUCUCUGUCUUUUUAUUGCCUUGCCACACUUAACUAAUGCACACUUCACUUUUUCUUCUCUCUUCACCUUUAUGACUAAUACCAGUAAAAUUCUCUUACUGCUAGUGACAUAAUUUGUAAACAUUUUUAAUGUAAUGGCUGCUACAGAGACAUGGAGCACCUUCAUCAUCACCUGUGGUUUCUGCUAACCAUAAAAUGUUUAGCCUUUCUGAGAAUUUAAAAGCCACCACUGGUUUCCAGUCAGUAUAUAUAAGCUCUUAAUGUACUGUUUAUUAUUAAACAAUUCAGUGUACUAUUUUAUAUUGGGUAAUAUUGAUUCUUAACACUGGCUUUCCUGGUCAUCCAGAGUCAACAUAAAAUUCCAAUAUUCAGUAAUAUAGGGGAAAGUAUUUUCCCCCCAAUUUUAAAGGCUUCUUGUUCUCUACACUUGUGUAUUAUCAGUGAAAAGGAUCAACAGCUAACUUGGGGCAAGUAAUUAAAGAAAUUCUGCACUUGUCAUGAAGACAAUUUAUGGUAGACGUGAAUACACAGAUUAUAAAAUAAAGUCUUCUUUUAACCUGUUUAUAUAGGAUACAGGGCCACACUAAACUAUUCAGUGGAAUUUAUUCCAUUCACUUGAAACAAUAAACAGUAACGUAUACAAGAAGAAUGUGUCCUACCCUGUCUCAUAUGGAAAAAUAAAUUUGUAUGGUUGAAAU